AUGGCCACACCACCAUCGUACACCAAGACUACCCACACCGCCACAUAUGCUGGCAUCAACCCAACUCAGCCGGGCCUGUCCACGGCGGGCAAGGUUGUGCUGAUCACUGGCGCAUCAGGCGGCAUCGGCCGAGCCACAGCCUCAUCCUUCGCUGCAUCGGGUCCCCGAGCCCUCAUCCUCCUCGGUCGACGCGCCGACGCGCUGGCAGAAACAGCCACGAUUGUUCGCACCAGUCACGCAGAGGUGACGAUUCAAACUCACGAGGCUGAGCUGUGCGAUGCUGCGAGCGUACGCAAUGCCAUGAACAAGGUGGCUGCGGAGUUUGGCGGCAUCGACAUCCUCGUCCAUUGUGCCGGCGUCCUGGCCCCCGUCGUGCCUCUUCUGGAAGCGGAUCCGGCUACCUUUCUGGACGGCUACAAGACCACCGUUGUCGGUACACUGGUAACGGCGCAGGCUGUCGUCCUGGCAAACAGGACCGUCAGUGCCAGCGAGGACAAGCCAGUCACCUUUAUCAAUCUCACCACGGCCGGCAUCCUGUUCCCCCCAUUCCCCGGCAUGGGAGCCUACGUGAGCAGCAAGAUGGCCGCCGUCAAGCUCUUACAGUCCUUUGCCACCGAGAAUCCGCAAGUGCGUCUUCACAAUGUGCAUCCUGGACUCCUCAGAACGGCCAUGUCGGCCAAGCUGGCAGAGACGAUCCAAUUGCCAUAUGCCUAUGAUGACAGCCGUCCCUUGCUCAUUUCCAACUGCUCGACAAUCGACAGAGCGACCUUGGUACAGUCGGUCUCGGCGGUAUCCGCAUCAAGCCCCAUGCUCAUUACAUUACACGACGACGAGGAUGAUGACAUUGCUGCAGAUUGUGGCUGGCUAUCCUGGUAA